AUGACUUCCUUUGAAUCCGCGGUCGCAUCGGCAAUUGCGUUGGGGGUGUUGUCGGGCUGUUUUGUCCUGGUUCGGUUUGUGGCACGUAUUGCUUUCGUCAAGCAUGUUGGACCUGAUGAUGGCCUCAUCGCCCUUGCUUGGGGCGCUUCUGUGGCACUCGCGGUAGUUGCUCAUCAACAGAGAAACGACAAUGGCCCUUCAGGCUUGUCUUCCUCAUCAUCGGAAGCUGCAAGUGGCAUGACGACGCUGCUCAAGCAAUUGUGGGCGUCGAAUUUCACCUACAAUCUCGCCGUCUUACUUCUCAAGGACUCGCUCUUGUUACAGUAUCUUCGAUUUUCAAAGGACAUCGGGUACAGGCGAGCAUGCUGGGCCUUGGGUGCCAUCAUCACCAUUUACGGAGUCACCGCUUUCUUCGUCGGCAUUUUCUCAUGUCAACCUAUCAGUUUCAGCUGGAACAACCAAGAGUCCAGUGGGAGGUGUAUUCACUUCUUGGCGUUUUGGCUGUUCAACGCAUCUUUCAACUCUGCGACCGACAUUAUCGUCUUGAUUUUGCCUAUACCGGUGCUACGAGCAUUGCAACUACCCAGCCAGCAACUCUGCAUUUUGUCUUGCGUCUUCGUCCUAGGACUCUUUGUCUGUAUAGCAUCAAUCAUCCGUCUCACGGCGGUGUACUCGGCCACUGUAACUCAGCAAAUCGAUCCAUCCAUAGCAGUUUGGUCGACGGUCGAAGUGAAUGUUGGAAUCAUAUGUGCCUGUCUACCUUCGAUCCGCCAUCUGUUGGCACAGGCUUGGCCCAGGAUUGAAGCCUACCGACACCGUGCCAACUAUUCCGAGCACAAUCCACCACACAGUCCCAGCACUCUCAACGAAAAUUCGCCGACCUUUGAAAAGAAGACAGCGACAUUCGAACUGAGGCCAUGUAGCAGCGAUGCCGGGUCGUCCCAUCACAGCACGACUACGUGGCAUCAAUCAGACGAGGAAGCCAUCACUCCGCACGAAACCCUUUCCUGCCAGUCAUCUAUAUACGAACCGGCGCCUCCCUCGCCGUCCAUCUCCACGGUGAGAACGGUCGACGACGAACCUGAACAAGAAGAUGAGGAUAACAACUAUACCAAACCCCUCCCUCUCCCACCACUACCUUCGGUUCCAGCUCCCGCAGCCCGCCCCUCCGGCCCUCGUCCCAACAUCUCUUCCGGCCCACAAAAGCAACCGCAUUCUCGCACCCAUUUUCGUUGGCGUUCACAAUCUCGCUCCCGUACACCGUUCGACCUCGCCAUAAUCCCCGAAGCCGACUCUCAGAGGUCAAGCAUAGUUCAACUCGCAGACUCGCCUCUCACACCCACUACUAGUGCUGCUGCUGUUACGAAGUCGGCCGUUCCCAGAUCCCCCCUCCGCCCCCAAGGCUCACGACCACCACCGCACCUCCAGACGGCUCCUCCAGCGCUCCUCAGCCCCUCCUCGUCCAGGUCCGCAGGCACCACCAGCGACCCGAGCUCAUACUACCGCAUCGCCCCAUGGACUCAACCCACGUCCCCGAGGUCACCGAGGUCUUCUCCGCCGUCGUCACCGGGGCAGGCAUCGACUUACAGCUACGAGAUCCUCGGCGGGCCUCGAGCGCAGUCGCAAGACCCCGCCGGGACGCCUUCCCCCAAGGGAUCCACGGCCGGACGUGGGCCAAAAGUGAUUGGUCCCUCCGUCACCCCGUCGCGGUCGAUGCGUGAACACGCGCGGCGAGAAAGGGAACGAGCCCGACGGAAAGAGAGGGAGCGAGAACGCGAAGAAGAACGUCUGCGGGAGCGGUCCAGGCAGAGACGCGAGGGUGAACGACCUCGUGGGCCUAGAGAGAUGACAUGA